AUGUGGGAGGUGGGGAGGCUGCCGGCGGGUAGGGGCGGCGCGGGGUCGCAGGGAGCCGGGCUCGUCCGCACCACGUGCAGCAGCGGUGGCGGGGCCGGGGCCGGCGCCGGGCAGCCCGGCGCGAGGCCCUCGGAGGGGCCGCUGGACCCCGUCUACCCCCGCACUUAUGGGGCCCUGCUGAAAGUGGCGCAGAUGGUCACUCUGCUGAUCGCCUUCAUCUGCGUGAGGAGUUCUGUGUGGACCAGGUACAGUGCCUACAGCUACUUUGAAGUGGUCACCAUCUGCAACUUGAUAAUGAUCCUCGUCUUUUACCUGGUGCAUCUCUUCCGUCUCUACCGCGUGCUCACCUGCAUCAGCUGGCCCCUGUCGGAACUUCUGCACUAUUUAAUCGGUACCCUGCUCCUCCUAAUCGCCUCCAUUGUGGCAGCCUCCAAGAGUUACAGCCAGAGCGGACUGGUAGCUGGAGCGAUCUUCGGUUUUGUGGCCACCUUCCUCUGCCUGGCGAGCAUAUGGCUGUCCUACAAGAUCUCGUGUGUGACCCAGUCAACAGAUGCCGCUGUCUGAGGACACCCUGCGCCCCGGCCCGAGGCAGGCCCUGAGACGGGAGCGUCGGGGGGCCGGCACCCAGGACGGGCUUCUGAACCUCUGCUCCUGUGCCAAAGCCCUGCCCACACUGCUGGGCACAAGAGGGGCCCUCGGCGUCCUCCUGGGCUCCUGAGCCGCUCUCAGCCUUUCUGGUCUUCCUUGGAGAAUAGUCCUCGCCGCCUGGGAACGAAAGCAGCCUCCAGGGAAGUCUGGUCUCUUCCUCCUGCUCUUAGAACCAACCGUCUCAGGGACUGAUGACCCCACUUACCUACCACAGCGGGGGUGGUUUCUGAAUACUCCUGCCUAAAUCUGCUUCUACUCCACAUUCCUCAAGGGGAUGAAGCUGCCUUAAGUCCUCUUAUAGAAACAAAGCUAUCUCUGGGGCACCAGGGUGGCUCAGUCAGUUAAGUUUCCCACUUCGGCCCAGGUCAUGAUCUCAUGAUUCAAAAGUUCGAGCCCCGUGUCGGGCUCUGUGCU